UUUCAAGAAAGAACUUAGUUGUGUUGUACUCUUAUACAUUGAUAGUACAGGGGAGAACAUAGAAUUUUUUGAAAUAGUGAACAAAUUUGCAAAAUUAUGAAAAAUGUCUUUGUUUGAUGCAGCUAGCGCAGGAGAUAUAGAAACAGUGAAGAAACUUUUAGAUGCCGGUUCAAACUCAGAUGGAGAGGAUACAUGGACAAACUGGACGCCACUUCAUGCCGCAGCACAGGCAGGAAAUAUUCAGAUUUGUGAAAUGUUGUUGAAUUGUGGUGCUAAUCCAUCCCAGAGUACGGAUACAGGAUAUACUCCUCUUCAUUUAGCAGCAUCUGGAGGAUUUGUGGAUGUUGUAGAACUACUUUUACAGUGCAAAGUACCCCUUGAUAACCUUACUUACGCAGGUUUAUAUGGGUCUCCUCUACACUACGCAGCAGGCAAGGGGCAUCUUGAAAUCGUGAAAAAACUUGUAAGUGCAGGGGCUGACAAGAAUCUUCUCAGUGAGGAGCACUGCACACCACUUUACUACGCUGUUUUAGGAAGACAAGAGGCUGUGGUGAACUAUUUUGUUAGUGCACAGUGUGAUCUAUCUAUCCCAGACGAAGAUGGGACAACACCUCUACAUGGCGCAGCACAGGUUGGAUCCAUAAACUGUGCCCGGAUUCUAGUUAAUGCCAAUGCUAGUCUUGAAGCCAGGGAUAGAUUUGGCAGAACUCCAGCUGAUAUUGCAAAGGAACUUGGGUGCUCUGAACUCAUGAAUUUUCUUCUACAAAAACAGAAAAAUAUUUUGUAAUUUAGUUAAUAAAUGCGCAAAAAUAU